AUGGCUGAUGCAUGGAAGGCCGCCAUGCCCUACGGCAUUGAGGCCUUCGAUACUGUGCUGCGGCCGUUGUGGAAAGGCAUCUGCGAGCAUCGCGGGAAGGGCCUGGCUGCUUUCUUGAAGGCCAUUGGCUACAUCAUCCCCCUGAUGGAUGCCGAGCACGCCAACUACUACACGCGAGAGGUCAUGAUCAUCCUGAUCCGUGAGUUCUCCACGCCAGAUGAAGAGAUGAAGAAGAUCGUGCUGAAGGUGGUGAAGCAGUGCGUGGCCACGGAAGGUGUGGAGCCAAGCUACAUCCGUGAGGAUAUCUUGCCACCCUUCUUCCGAAACUUCUGGGUGGUGGCGGGCCCGGAUGGCCUCUGUGCACGGUCGGUGCAUGGAGACCUUUUAGGUCAUUUUAAGUGCUUUGAAAGGAUGCAACAAACCGGAACCCUUACAAGGGGUUGGGGUUUAGGAUUGUAUAACUUAAAUAAGGUUUAG